CCGAUAUAUCCGCUUAUUCACUGUCCAGCGGUUAUCCACAAUUCCACAUAACCAUUAAACACAUUCACUAUCCAAAGUCCUUAACUAGUGAACCCUAACUCCCUAAGCGCCGCGCCUUCUGCUCCUCCCACCGGCCCCCGCGCCACCUCCUCCUCCUUUCCGUUGCGCCUCCUCUUCCUUUUUUCUUCCGGCCACGCCUCCUCCUCUUCCCUCCUGUUGCGCCUCUUCUUCUGGAUGUCGUCACCAAAUAACCAGAUGGAUUCCGAGUUCCAAGAAACUAUGCAAGAUUCAAUAUUGUCUACACUAGUUACUAAAACUGAAGUUGAUGCUACAUUACCACCAUAUCCUAGCACAUCAACUCGCAAAAGGAAACAUCUCUCAGAUGUGUGGCUCCACUUUUCACGACAACCUAAUGAUAAGAGAAGGGUUGCGUGUAACUACUGUGGUACUCUCAUUAGUAGGAAUGGAACAAGUAUUGUGCGGACCCAUUUGAAGAGAAGCUCAAAAUAUCCAGACAGUGAAAAAAAUAAGAGAAGAAAAGAUGGUCAAUUGCCACAGGCUGUAGAAGGACAGGUAGGAAGUGACAUUGUUUCUUCGCCUACAACCUUUAAGUUUGACCAAGACAUAUGCCAAACAGAACUUGUGAGGAUGUUUAUUGUUGCUGAGCUUCCAUUUUGGUUUGUCGAAAAUGAAGCUUUUCGCCAGUUUCUAAGUGUUUUGCAACCGCGAUUUGUUGCAUUUUGCGGUCUACUCUAAGGAGGGACAUUGAAAAAAUGUUUGUUGACGAACAAGUGAAGUUGAAAAAGUUCAUGUCCAAACAUUGUGGUUGGGUGUGUCUUACAAUAGACACAUGGACUUCUGUGCAUAGUUAUUGUUAUGUGAGUUUGACUGCGCAUUUUAUUGAUGAUGAUUGGAAGUUGCAUAAAAAGAUUAUAAAUUUUCAGAAAGUUACGGGACAUUCUGGAGAGGUUAUAACUAACAAUGUCGAGUUGUUUCUGAAUGAGUGGGAGCUGAGUCAAGUCUUGACUAUAACUAUGGACAAUGCUACAUCUCACGAUUUUGCGACUAACAAACUUAGAAAUAGUUUCUUGCCAUUGAACAGAGUGGUUUUGAAGGGUGAGUAUCUCCACAUGUGUUGAUGUGCACAUAUUCUCAACUUAAUUGUCAAAGAGGGUCUGAAAGAGAUUGAUGAUUCUAUUUUGAGGAUUCGAAAUGUUGUGAGAUAUAUGAAGUGAUCUACUAAAAGAUUUCUUAAAUUCAUGAGUUAUGAUGAUAGUGUGCUCACAUCAUACAAAGGUGUGCUAAGUCUAGAUACAUAGACUAGGUGGAAUUCAACACAAUGUUGGAGGCUGUUGUACAAUAUGAGAAGAUUUUUGUGUUGUAUGAAGUACGAGAUUCCAAGUUUAAGAAAGCAAUGCCAAAAGAUAUUGGGAAAGGUGUUCAUACAUUUGCAAGUUGGGACCAGGUGAAGUCUAUUUUUGUUAGAAGUCCCACAUUGGCUAGAGAUAAGGUCAAUCAAGUGUUUAUAAGGGUUGUGCAAACCUCAACUCUUGAGCUAGCUUUUGUGGUUGAGUAUAGGCCUCCCAAUUUCUAAUUUGGUAUCAGAGCCUAUCCUAGAUCCAUUUGUUGUGUGGAGACCUCCCAUAUUUGGGCCACCCGUUGUUGUUCCCACGUUCCAGUCUGUUCAAUUCUGGACGUGAGGGGGUGUGUUAGAAGUCCCACAUUGGCUAGAGAUAAGGUCAAUCAAGUGUUUAUAAGGGUUGUGCAAACCUCAACUCUUGAGCUAGCUUUUGUGGUUGAGUAUAGACCUCCCAAUUUCUAAUUUAUUAAAAUACAAGAAUCACAUUUAGUGAGUAGGGAUAGUAUGAGGACCACAUUGUAGAUAGUUAAUAGUUAGUUAGGCAAUUAUGCUAUAUAUAGCAAGCUCAUUGUAUUUUUCCAUAAUCAAUUUUAAUAAUGAAUGAAUAUUGGAAUCAAUUUUCCUAUUCUCCCUUUUGCUAUGUUUGGGAUCCCAUUGAAGAAAUCCAUGUGAUUUCUAACAUGGUAUCAGAGCUCCAAUGGAGCUCACCGCCUCUUCCGCCGCCACUGCCGUCGCCGAGUUACGAGCGCUUCCUCCGACCUGCUCGACGUGGCUUCAAGCGCUGCCGCCGCAGCACCACUGCGAGAACCACUGCGAGAUUAUCUUCCUUCAAUUUCUCUGAUUUGGUCACUGAUUUUGGAGACAUUGCUGUAGUUUCAUCUUCUCCUUCAUCGUUCUCUGAUUCGAUGGUCAUGGCUUCUGAUUCUCUCAUGGUGCAAGAAUCAUUCGUGAAGGUUGAAGAUGAGGAUUUUUUCUUGCAUGCUCCAGUUCCUCUUUCCUCUGCGUGCUUUGAUUCUGCCAUAGAUGAAACGAUUUCUGAGAAGAUUCUUGAUCAUUUUCCUGUUUCUUUCUUCGCCGAUCGAGAAAUCAAGAUUCCGGCGUGGAAACCGGCGAUUGAGCCGUUCGUUUUUGGCACUAUCAGCAAGGGUUUCUCCGUUUCUUCUUCAUUGCUGGAUUCAUCGUCCACUCGCGAUGCUACUACAACUUCCAAUUCUGGUUCUUCGUCCUUCUCUGAUUCAGCCAUGGUUGAAACUGUGCCUGAGAAAAUUCUUGAAGCUUCCGCUUCAUCAAUUUCUCUCGUGGAAGAAGCCAUUGCUUCUGAUUCAAUGUCGACCACUGAUCUUGGUGUAGCAUCUUCCCUUAUUUCGCGUAUUUCGUUCUUUGCUGAUCAGAAUGUUCAAUUUCUGGCAUGGAAACCAGCCACCAAUGCUUAUGCUUUUGGAAAUUUUAGUGAGGUUGUGAUUAAUCUUGGAGCAGAUUCAUCUUCCUAUUCUCCAUGUCUCAUGAAGAAUUCUGUUACUCAACAAAUUGAUGUUCCUCACAUCAUCGAUCAGUCUUUUGGAGAAAGUUGUGUCACAAAGGUAACUCAAAUCCUUCUUUCAAUCAAAGAAUUUCAAUUGUCUUGGCUGGGAUUAUGGGAUUUCUCCUUUAAUUGGAUGAAUGGUUCGAACUUGUUGCUUGAGAUUGAUGGUUUUUGGUGUUGUCCACAAGCUGUUUGUGAAAAUGACACAAUGAUAGGAGAUUCUUCUAAGUCAAUUUUACUUGAUCCUGGUGAAUUCAGGAGCUGCACACAAGGUGUUUGUGUAAAUGCACCAAUGAUUGAUAGAUGCUCAUUAAGCAGUUUGGAGCAAGUUCAGCUUGAGUCAUUUGAUAAACAAAUAGGUUGUGCUUCAAAUUUGAGCAUAUAUCAGGAUGUAUUGGUGCUUGUCUGUUGUAACAGUUGCAGAGAAGAACUUGGGCUCUUGAGAUUGUUGAUUGUGAAUGUAGGAGAUAAGUUUUUAUGUGUUGAAGAUGUCAAGUUUUCAUUAGAAGUGCCUAUGUCUCCUUAUUUCAGAACUGAUUCAUUUUACUCCAUUGCUAACACUGCUGAGAAGGAGAUUGAAUUGGUGAUAUCUGUAUUCUGUGUUGGAUAUUUUUCAUUAUGUCUUUAUAAGAUGUUCAAGGGAAUAAAAUGGAAGGAAAUCACUCUCAAGACAACAUCCAUAUUUCUUGCUAUUUCAUCUGAAGUAUUCUUUGUGCUAAAUGCUCUUAUCUGGAGGCAGAGAUCUUCUGGGGCAGGGCCUUUUGAUGCAGUGAUUGCUCAUGUUUUCUUAUGGUUUGGCAACUCAAUUCCACUUGUUUUUGUUGCUGCUGCCACAUUGUUCAUCAAGUGCUUACUUGAGUAUUUGCAUGAUCAGUACUUGGAAGCAAUAAAGCAAAUCAACAACUACAACAGCAGUGUAUUAAUACUGCUGAGUUUCUUAAUGAUGAGAGUGAACCAGUGAUGGUAACUUCCCAUAAUCAAUUUUUCCUCUUUGGAACCAAGGUUCAAGAUGGAUCAAGCAUUAUGUUUGUUAUGCUAAAUGAGUUCUGUUUAGAGGAUAAGAGAAGGCUGUCAGUUUAUGAGUACAUGAUAUGGAUUGAGACUUGAGAGCUGCGGACUAUGAAGAUUGCUACUGCUUAUAUACUGAAUUUGAUUUUCAUCAUUACAUUUUUUGUUUAGUUCUAUUUUCAAGCUGGAUGUACUACCAAAUACUACUUCCAGCUUGCGGGAGGAUAUUAAAAUACAAGAAUCACAUUUAGUGAGUAGGGAUAGUAUGAGGACCACAUUGUAGAUAGUUAAUAGUUAGUUAGGCAAUUAUGCUAUAUAUAGCAAGCUCAUUGUAUUUUUCCAUAAUCAAUUUUAAUAAUGAAUGAAUAUUGGAAUCAAUUUUCCUAUUCUCCCUUUUGCU